GGAAAAUGGUAUCACUCAAAUUAUAUCAUAAGGUGUUUUCACGCACGGUCCCUCUAUGAUUGAGCGGUAAAAUGAGCGAGAUGGACGAUUCUAUCAACUUGAGCACAAGCAUGUGCGACGUGGAAGCGUCUUUGCUAAAUCAUAAUGUGAGCUUCAGCAACUCAAUGGCUACGUCCACAGGGGAACUUUCGAUGCCCAAACUCAGCGUGUCUCUCUCAGAGGCGGAGAUACUGAAACUGCGUAGCAGACAUCCACUUGACGAGGCUGCUCCUCUGAAUACAUCUGUGUUUAUGGAGACGAGCCUGGAAACCGUGGUCUCGCAGGAGGAUGAGGAAGUGCAGACCGUAGGAGUAAUCAACAUAGAGGACACUUUAGAGCUGACGUCGAACGAUAACAAAGUUGUGACAGGGCUUGCGGAUUCGGCUCCCCUCCAGUAUUUCCAAGGCAGACUCGUUGAACUGGGACGCCGCUGCUGGACCUCGUCGGCAGAGGCCCAGCACUACACCAAGGGCUGCUAUUGGUCCCCGGACGGUACCUGUCUUUUGAUACCCGUCCAUAUUGACGGCAUGCACGUCAUAGAGCUGCCCACCGAUCUAUACUCCACGUCAACCGUGCAGAGGACGCGUUCUUUGACCAAGCUUCAAUCGGCGGUGCACGUGCCUGAGGGCGGAACCGUUUACGACUGCGUCUGGUUUCCACACAUGAACAGCCAGCAGCCGGAUACCUGCUUUUGGUUGGCCACGCGGCAGCACGAGCCUAUUCACAUGUGGGACGCUUUCGACGGAAAGCUGCGUUGCUCCUACAGCGGAUAUGAUGCUGUAGACGAAGUCAUGGCGGCCAUCUCUUUGGCCUUUUCCCACGACGGCCAGAAGAUCUAUGCGGGAUUUAAGAGAUGUAUAAAGAUCUUCGACACCAGCAGGCCCGGACGACUGUGCGAUGAUUACCCUGUUAAGUUUGCCAUAUCCUGCAUUGCCCAGACAAGCACGCACCCUAACACUCUGACCUGCGGCAACUGGCAAGGCUACAUCCAACACUUUGACCUGCGCUGCAGCCCCAAGCAGGGUCCUCUUUUUACGCUGGGCGGGCACAAGGGCGGAAUAACACAACUGCGUUACGGCGGAAACGGAUUCGGGGACUGGCAUUUGUUCAGCGGGGCUCGCAAGUGUGGCAAGCUUUUGCAGUGGGACAUGCGCAACUACAAGAAGCCCCUGGUCGAGUUUCAGCGCCAUGUGGACACCAACCAGCGAAUUCAUUUUGACUUUACAUCCGACUGUCGUUGGCUGACCAGCGGCGACACGCGGGGAGCCCUAAAUAUUUGGGAUCUCCGCGAAUACGGAGAGGCCUCCGUACUGCAACUGCACUCUGACUGCUGCAAUGGAGUGGGCAUCAACCCAGUUCUGCCGGUUCUGGCGACUACCUCUGGCCAGUAUCACUUCAUAGACCAAUGUGCCCAUAAGGAGAACCGCACAUUAAGCAUAUCCGAAUCUAUUGUGGAGGAAGCGCCUCCCGACGCGAACCAGCAGCUAGAAGUAGUCUAUGAAAACGCAGUGGUCAUUUGGUGGUGCGGCCAAAGUGAAUCGAAAUGAGCCGAGGAGUAAAUAAUACAAAUGCCGUUUUUAUUCUUGAA